AAUAAAUUAUUUUAGUUUUACUUAAACUCAAAUUUAUUUAAGUUAAACCUUUAUGCGUUAAAUCCAUACAACAUAUAAUUAUCUUCAGAAAUUUUCAGAAAUUCGUUUUCAGGACGUCUUUCAGAUAAAGUGUGUUGUUUAGAAAGAGAAUUAUUUAUUCAAUUAAGUCAAUUUAAAAAGUAACAUUAUCUCGAUUUUAAUAAAAUGUUCGUAUAUAAACAGCUUUCUCCAAUAAAAUUUUAACUUCAAAAAUAUUUAUUAUGUGUACAAAAAAUUCCGGUGUUCAACGAAUGGAAGCACAUGUAGAUGUUUAAACACUUGGUCACAUCAUUAAUCAUAUUAAUCACACAAACUGUCAUUCGUGUUUAUAAUAUUUGUACAAUCUGCCAUUAAGUAUUUAAAAAAGCAAUGCAAUGAAAUAAAAUGCAGUAAUGUCUGAAGGUUACCGAAAUUGAAAAGAAACAAGAUAUGAUAAAAUAAAAAUCAAAGGUAAUCAACUAGUAAGAAUUCUAUGCGCUUACACUUUGAGUGAUAUAUUAAAUCUUUCGAAAUUCAAUUUUUUUACACAUAAUGAUCCAAUAUAUAAUAAUAAAAUAUUGAAUAUUCCAUUAAAGUUCAUUGCAAAAAAAGAAAUUAUUUGAAGUAGCUGAUAAAAUCACGGGUGAAUCGAGGAAACGGGUUCAUCACUGGUAUCACUGCCUCCUCCAUGGCCUCCUUUUACCCCACUAUGAACGCAAGUUCCAUUCCCUCUACUAGAAUCGCGCUUGUGGGGAACGGACGAACAGGCGCCGUCGUUCCAGCCAGUCGCGAUACAAAGUUCAAAGAGACAGCUUGUAACUCGUAUAUUUAUCAGGAAAUUCCACUUCCUAGUUGAGCUAAGGCUAGCCUCUCUCGACGUCAUCGACGACGUGGUCGAACACGUAGGGAAAAAAAAAUCGCCGCGCGUUCGAUUUACGUUUUUCCUCCUGUCGCUGGUCGUUCAAGUCAGCAACCACGAAGCUGCUCGAGGGCUGCACUAACGAGUGCGAGGUUGGGAGGGCCAUGAAGACAUCCACGUUAUCGUGCAGUGACUUGAUCAAGGAGGAGAUACGAGAUGCCUGCAAAAAUCUCGUCCUAUCCGACGACCAGCUGCAAUUGGUCAUGCAAAAAUUUACCGAAGAGGUCAACAAGGGUCUGUCGCGAGAAACUCACGACGAUGCGAUCGUCAAGUGCUUCACCACUUACGUGCAAGAUCUGCCAAACGGCACCGAGAAAGGUUACUUCCUGGCGCUGGAUCUGGGCGGUACAAAUUUUCGAGUGUUGCUGAUCACAUUGGACGGUCAGAAUUUUGAUAUGAAAAGCAAGAUCUACGCGAUACCCCAGAACCUGAUGCUGGGAACCGGCACCCAGCUGUUCGAUCACAUCGCCCAGUGUUUGGCGCUGUUCGUAAAGGACCUGAACUUGCAGCAUGAGGAACUGCCGUUAGGCUUCACGUUCAGCUUCCCUCUGAAACAAUACGGAUUGACGGAGGGCCGUCUAGUGAGGUGGACCAAGGGCUUCAAUUGUAGCGGCGUGAUCGGCGAGGAUGUCGUUGCCCUUCUCGAGGACGCAAUUAGCAGAAGAAAAGAUGUCAAAAUUGAAGUAUGCGCGAUCCUAAAUGACACCACCGGCACUCUAAUGUCAUGUGCUUGGAAGAAUCAAAAUUGUCGAAUCGGUUUAAUCGUCGGUACUGGAACCAACGCCUGCUACGUCGAGAAAACAAAGAACGCACAGUGCGCGAUUCCAGGCAACUAUUCCGCGCACAAGCCCGAAAUGAUCAUCAACACGGAAUGGGGCGCAUUUGGCGAGAUGGGCGUGCUAGAUUUUGUGUUAACUGAAUUCGAUCGUGCCAUGGAUGAAAAUUCUCUCAAUCCUAACAAGCAGCUGUUCGAGAAAAUGAUCUCGGGAAUGUACAUGGGUGAACUGACGAGGCUAGUCCUCGAGAAGCUGGUGAACAUGGGCCUUCUCUUCGGCGGCAAAUGGCCCACCGAUCUCAGAAAACGCGGCAAGUUCUUCACGAAAUACGUCUCCGAGAUCGAAAGUGAUCCUAAGGGUAGGUACAUGAAUUGCCGGGAAGUACUAGCUGAGCUAGGGCUGCGGAGUGUGAGCGAUCAGGAUUGCGAGAAUGUGAGAUAUGUGUGCUCGGUGGUGUCGAGGAGAGCGGCGCAUCUGGUGAGCGCGGGAAUAGCGGCGUUACUGAACAAAAUGGGCCAGAACAAUGUCACGGUGGGCAUCGACGGGUCGGUGUACCGAUUCCACCCGCACUUCCACGAUCUUAUGACGGCGAAGAUCAGCGAACUCCAAAAAUACAAGUUCAAUUUGAUGCUCUCGGACGACGGUAGCGGUCGCGGCGCCGCCCUGGUUGCCGCGGUAGCGUCGCAGAGGCGGUGAAGACGCGGUUGUCGGUAGCGAGUUAGCUGCAAUUCAAUUAUAUGUAAUAUAAAAUCGAGCGAGACGGUAUGAGAGAGCUGAUCAGAGUGAAUGAUGAACGAGUGAAAACGAUCGAGUAUGGGAAAGAAAUUUUGGAUCUUUUUUCCUUUCGUUCGUUUCAGCUGCACUCAAUCUUCUUCCUUCUUUUAAAAAUAUUUUAGAUCUUUUUUUUUUUAAGAAUAUUUUAGAUCAUUUUUGUAAGGUUUCUUCAAAGAUUAGAUAGUUUGUUAGGAAAAGAGUCGUAGAGUGUAUUCAAGUGUAUUCAAGUAUCGAAAACGAGAUUGUGAGUUUGUUUUUGAUUAAAAAAAAAAGAAAAAAAAGAUUUUAAAGCAACAUUGGCAUACGUAUUAUUUUGCCUUAUUUUGAAGAUUAUAAGAAGGUGUAAGAGAGUGCAGUUUAAAAGAAAUGAAACGGAAUCCAAAAAAAUUGCGCAAUGAAUACUUCAAUCUUGUAUAUAGAGCACAAAAACAAUAACUUAGUCGAUUAGAAGACGGUGAACUACUUAGUUAAUGUUAUUGCCAGAAAACCAAGGAUGUAGACGUCCUUCCUGCGGCGAUCCAGUACGACGAUCGCUAAUUAGCGUGAUUCGUUAAUGAUUCGCAUAUCCACUCGUUAGCGUAAACGGUUAAUCAUCUCGCGAUUCUGCGAGGAAAAAUUAGUGAGAAAGCGUUAAAUAGAUUUGAGUAAAAUAAAAAUAAAAAAAUUGCCGAACAUAGUAAACCGGCAACAAGAAAUAUCGAGUGGCCGUGUCAAUUGUUGAUUGUUAAUAAAAAUAUUGAUGAGUGUAAACAAAUUAAAUCGAGGAUAAAUAGAUCAUAGCGAUUGUCAGAAGCAAGAAUCGAUUCGAGAAUAAACAAAGUUUUUCAUCGAUAUUCAAA